AUGGGAGGCCGAGUUGACAAAUCAAUAAAUCGUACAAAAGGUGCUUAUGUAUUCAGAAUCAGUGGACAUAAUUAUCAUCAUAUUGGCUCUCUCUUACCUGAAAUUGGGAAAAAACCACAAUUUGCACAACUAUAUAUAUAUGAUACGGACAAUGAAAUAAAAAAUCGAAUCAACAGUCUAAUGCAUGAAGAAGUUCAAGUAGACAUUGUUCAGGGAAUAUGUGAAAUGCUCAACGAGCAUAAUGUUCUGGUAAAAUCAUUUCGUAUGGCAAGGGAUAGAUAUAGAGAACAACCACAAACAGAGUUUCGCCUACGUCUUCUAUCAGAAAGGAUUAACGACGGUCGGCAAUACAAUAUACCUACGGCUUCAGAAGUAGCUGGAUUGAUCAUUGGCGAUCUUACAGAUGCCAACUUCCAGCGAGAUGUUAUUGUUGAACACCGCAAAAAUGGGCUCCAAAGGAUCACCGAUUUGCACCCAAGUUUCAUGUCAAUGACUUACCCAUUAAUACACCCAUACGGUGAAGAUGGAUAUAGACUGGGAAUACAAUUGGUGUCUCAAAGCCAAAAAACUUACACACGAGAGCACAUGACAAUGAGACAAUAUUAUGGAUACCGCAUACAACAACGGCUUAAUGAGGGGCGCACACUUAUACCGGCUGGCAGGCUACUGCAGCAGUACAUUGUGGAUGGUUACAUGGCAAUUGAAGAGGAGCGAUUUAGAUAUAUACGCAAUAACCAACCAAAGCUUCGGGCUGAUCUUUUUGGGGGCUUAAUGGAUGCUGUUGUGCGUGGAGAUUCUGAUUGUUCACAGGUCGGGAAAACAAUUAUAUUACCUUCGUCACACACGGGUGGACCUCGCUACAGGGCACAAAAUUAUCAAGAUGCAAUGGCUAUAUGUAGAUGGGCUGGAUACCCGAAUUUAUUUCUUACCUUCACAUGUAACCCAAAGUGGCCAGAAAUAAAGGCAAUGUUUCACCUAAUUGGUCAACAUGACGAUGGUAGUCGGGUAGACAUCAUAUGCAGGGUUUUCCAGAUCAAGCUAGCCCAACUAAUGCAACAUAUUAAAAAAGAUAAACCAUUCGGGACAGUAAUAGCAUGUAUAUAUACAAUUGAGUUCCAGAAAAGAGGCUUGCCACAUGCACAUAUAUUGUUGUUCCUUCAUGAAUCACAAAAAAAUCCUACAGCGGAACAUAUUGACAGACUAAUAUCCGCUGAAAUACCUGACCUUGAAGAAGAUCCAGAUGGGUAUAAUGCAGUGAAGAACUUUAUGAUACACGGACCAUGCGGACAACUAAAUCCCUGCUGCCCAUGUAUGAGACAAGGGAAGUGCACAAAGCAUUUCCCUAAGAAAUACAAUGACCAGACAAAUUUUGAUUCGGAUGGAUUCCCUAUUUAUAGGAGACGCAACACAGGUAUUGAAGUGAAGAAAAAUGGAGCCAGCCUAGACAACAGAUAUGUUGUUCCGUACAAUAGGAACUUGCUUGUGCAAUUUAAUGCACACAUAAAUGUUGAAGUCUGCAACUACUCAAGGUCAGUGAAGUAUCUAUUCAAGUAUGUUCAUAAAGGGUCUGAUAGAGCAACAGCAAUAAUAGAAUCAACAGAUUCAACAAAAGACAACGAUGAGAUCAGAAAGUAUCUAGAUUGCAGAUACAUUUCAGCUACCGAAGCAUGCUGGAGGAUAUUCCAAUUUGACAUACAUUACAGACAACCAGCAGUUGAGCGACUACCAUUCCAUUUACAAGGACAAAACACCAUAAUAUUCGAAGAAUCAAGGCGAGCUGAAAGCAUAUUAAACAGACCAGAUAUUGAAAAACCAAAAUUUACUGAAUGGUUUGAAGCAAACAAAGAGUACCCCGAUGCAAGAGAUCUAACAUAUUCUGAUUUUCCUACACGGUGGGUAUGGAAUGCAAAAAAAAAAAAAUGGACUAGGAGGAAAAAAGGUCGGGCAGUUGGUAGAAUCUAUUUUGCACAUCCAGCAAGUGGAGAGCGUUUUUAUCUGCGCAUGUUGUUAAAUUUUGUCAAAGGCUGCACUUCAUUUGAAAGCAUAAGAAGAAUUAAUGGAGUAGAUUAUAAAACCUAUCGAGAGGCUUGCUACGCAUUAGGCUUAUUAGAUGACGACAAGGAGUGGAAUGACUGCUUGUCAGAGGCUGCCCAAUGGGCAAGUGGAAAUGAACUGCGCAAUCUAUUUGUGACUAUUCUUAUUCACUGCCAAGUUUCAGAUUCACACAAGCUUUGGGAGAAUAACUACAACAUAUUAUCAGAAGAUAUCACAUCGAUGCAGAGAAAGCGUUUACAUCUGAAAGAUUUGCAACUAACUGACAAACAAAUAGAAGCGUAUUCCCUGUUAGAAAUUGAAAACAUGCUCAUAAAACAGGGAAGAAGUUUGCGAGACAUAGAAGGGAUGCCACUGCCAGAUAAUACAUUAAUGCGGAAUGUGGGAAAUCGCCUAAUUAAUGAAGAGCUAGACUAUGACAAAGGUGAACUAAAAAAAAUGCACGACAAAUCAUUUAAACUAUUAAAUAGUUUUCAAUUACCGGCAUAUGAGGCAAUAAUAUCAUCCGUUGAUAAUAAAGAAGGCAGAUUAUUUUUUAUACACGGACAUGGUGGUACAGGCAAGACAUUUCUAUGGAAUACAAUUAUUUCAAAAAUCAGAUCAGAAUCAAAAAUAGUUCUACCAGUCGCCACUUCAGGUAUAGCAGCUUUAUUGUUGCCGAACGGCAGGACUGCUCAUUCGCGGUUCCAUAUUCCGCUUGACGUCACACCCGAGUCAACAUGUGACAUAAAACAAGGAAGCCAAUUAGCAGAACUACUAAAGAAAACAUGUUUGAUAAUUUGGGAUGAAGCUCCAAUGGCAAACAAAUAUUGUUUAGAAGCCUUAGACAAGAGCUUGAGGGACAUUCUUCGAGAUAGGUAUGAAAAUAGUUCUGACAGGCCUUUUGGGGGACUAACAAUCGUGUGUGGUGGUGAUUUCAGACAAAUCCUGCCGGUAAUUCCAAAAGGAACAGGAGCUGAUAUUGUUGAUGCGUCGCUAAACAAUUCGCACCUGUGGCCCUACUUUUCAAUUUAUGAACUGAAGGAAAAUAUGCGUCUUACUUGUGGAAAAGUCAUGGGUUCUGAAGCUGAAAGAAUUGCAAGUUUUGAUAGAUGGUUAUUGCAGAUUGGAGAUGGAUCAGUUUAUGCUGAUAAAAAGAUGGAACUCAUUAAGCUACCGCCUGAUAUAUCCAUUGCACCAUCACACAAUCAAGUGGAAUCAAUUGUAGAUGCAGUAUAUCCAUCUCUAUUACAGAAUUACAACAACCCGACAUACUUGAAAGAAAGAGCCAUACUAACACCAAAAAAUGAAAUGGUUCAUGAUCUAAAUGAAAAAAUAAUGAAUAUUAUACCAGGGGAAGGAAGAACCUACUACAGCUCUGACAAUGUGUGCAAAGCAAGUGUGAACACUAAUGAGGAAGAUAUAUUGUACCCCACUGAAUUCCUUAAUAACUUACGAUUCUCAGGCAUCCCUAACCAUGAUAUACACUUAAAAGUAGGAAGUCCGGUUAUGCUUCUUAGAAAUCUCAAUCAAACAGAAGGACUAUGCAACGGUACAAGAUUAAUGAUCACACAUCUGGGAAAAUGGUCUGUAAAUGCAAACAUCAUAUCUGGUAAGAACAUCGGCACAACAGUCACAAUACCCAGAAUUAUCAUGUCUCCAAAUGAUUCAAAAUGGCCAUUCAAGCUUAAUAGACGACAACUUCCUUUGGCAACCUGUUAUGCCAUGACAAUCAAUAAAAGUCAAGGACAAACUCUGCAGACGGUUGGACUAUAUCUUCCAAAACAGAACGAGUCUAUUCUCCGCCAUACAAAAGAUGAUCUGUUAUGGUUGAUCAUCGCUAAAGAGAGGCUAAAUCUGGGUUCAAUAAUUGCGUUGGAGAAAGCCAUGAGGGCUAAGAAAUACAUACACAUCACAGCGCCAAAAGACAGUAUCCCGGAGGGCGCACACAUAGAAGUUCUUGUGAUAAAUACUACACAGCCUCGAGUUACUGAUAAUUCAGAGACCUUCGAGUGGGUCCAAGCCACUAAAGAGCAUAUUACACCUACCUUGUGCGAUGAGCAGGGCAUUGAUGCCCUAAAUGAGGCUGCACCAGUUGGCCACACCUCUUUACUUCCCUAG